AUGGCUACGGAGUACUUCACUAAGUGGGCAGAGACAGUGUCAUUCCAAAAGGCCACAGGAGGAGUAGUGGCAAACUUCAUCAAGGAGAACAUAAUUGUGAGGUUUGGAGUGCCUCAUAGGAUUAUUAGCGAUAAUGGUACACCGUUUGUCAACAGUGAUGUAAGGAAAAUGAUGAAAUUCUACCAAGUCAAAUACCAUCGUUCAUCGCUUUAUUACCCUCAAGGAAAUGGGCAAGUAGAGGCAACAAACAAGGUUCUCAUAAAGAUCAUCAUAUACGAGACAGAGGUAGUAAACCCCGUAGAAGUGAUGACUCCAUCUUUGAGAGUAAUGCAGAUGCAAGGGAAGGAAAAAGAGGGAGAAGCCUUUACGGCAAAAAGGUGUGAAGAUCUAGAAGGACUUGAUGAAAGAAGGGAGGAAGUCCAAGAGCGUAGCCACAAAUACAGACAAAAUAUGACAAACGCCUAUGGCAGGAUGACUAAAGAGAGGGUGUUCGCGGAAGGACAACUUGUGCUGAAAGUGGCAGACUAUGUUAGGCGAGGUAUGACAAGACCAUCUAAGUUUGCACCCAAAUGGGAGGGACCCCUCGUUAUAAGAGAGACACACCCGAGUGGAUAUUAUCGCCUAACCUAG